GGAGACGUGUAACGGACGGAGGGCCGCAGCCAUGGCCGAAAGGAAACCUAAUGGUGGCAGCGGCGGCGGCUCCACCUCCUCGUCGGGCACUAACUUGCUCUUCUCCUCCUCGGCCACAGAGUUCAACUUCAACGUGCCCUUCAUCCCGGUCACCCAGGCCGCGGCCGCUCCGGCCUCGCUGCUCUUGCCCGGAGAGGAUUCCACGGACGUUGGCGAGGAGGACAGCUUCCUUGGCCAGACUUCUGUGCACACGUCUCCCCCGCAGACGUUCAGUUACUUCUCCCAGGUGUCGAGCAGUGAUCCCUUCGGGAGCAUCGGGCAGUCCCCGUUGAGCACGGCCGCCGCGCCGACGGGGCUCUCGGCCUUCUCCAAGUCCCCGGCCUCGCUCCCGCUCCCACCUGGAGCCCAGGACGCGCUGAACGCCUUUCCACCCUCUGCUCCCAAGGCUCAGUACGGCGCUCCGCCCCCCGCUCAGAUGGCAGGGAACGCUUACCUGCCUUCUCAGCCCAGCACUCUGCCUCCUUGCACUUUUGGGAGCCCCCCACAGGGGACCCCUCCACAGGGGUACAACCCUUACCGCCACACCCCGCUCAGCAGCCGGGCCAACCCUUACAUCACGCCGCCGCAGCUGCAGCAGGGCCCGCCGCCGGCCACGCCGCCCGUGCCCGUGCAGUACCCGGGGCCUCCGGAGUCCCUGCCACCCCCGCAGGUGCCUCCCGUGGUGUCACCAGCACAGCUACAGCAGCAGGCGCAUGCCAGGCCUGCGGGUCCCCCUGUGCCAGGGCCACCGCCUCUUGCGCUUCAGAACCAGUAUGAGCCUGUGCAGCCCCACUGGUUCUACUGCAAGGAGGUGGAACACAGACAGCUGUGGAUGCCUUUCAGUGUGUUGGACUCGAUGAACCUUGAGGAAAUCUACAAUUCAGUUCAGCCGGAUCCAGAGAGCGUGGUCCUGGGCACAGACGGCGGGCGCUACGAUGUUUACCUCUAUGAGCGCGUGCGGAGAGCCGUGUACUGGGAGGAGGAGCCGGCUGAAGUGCGCCGCUGCACGUGGUUUUACAAGGGUGACACUGACAGCAGAUUCAUUCCUUACACUGAGGACUUCAGUGAGAAACUAGAGGCUGAAUAUAAAAAAGCUGUAACCACGAAUCAGUGGCAUCGCAGGUUGGAGUUUCCGGGUGGGGAGACCAUUGUCAUGCACAACCCGAAGGUCAUUGUUCAGUUCCAGCCGUCCUCAGUACCUGAUGAAUGGGGGACCACACAAGAUGGACAGACGAGGCCCAGGGUUGUGAAGCGUGGCAUUGAUGAUAGCCUUGAUGAAGUUCCUGAUGGGGAGCUGCCUCAGGUUGACCAUUUGGUGUUCGUGGUGCACGGUGUCGGGCCAGUGUGUGACUUGCGUUUUAGAAGCAUUAUUGAGUGUGUGGAUGAUUUCAGGGUGGUUUCUCUCAAGCUGCUGCAGACACAUUUCAAGAAAGCUGUAGAUGAAGGGAGAGUGAGCCGAGUGGAGUUCCUUCCUGUUCCCUGGCACAGCUCCUUGGGCGGGGAUGCCACAGGGGUUGACAGGAAUGUUAAAAAAAUCACUUUACCAAGUAUUGGUCGAUUUCGUCAUUUUACCAAUGAAACGUUGCUGGAUAUUCUGUUUUAUAACAGUCCCGCCUACUGUCAGCUCAUUGUGGAGAAGGUGGGAAUGGAGAUAAACCGACUCCAUGCUCUCUUUAUGAGUCGGAAUCCAGACUUCAAAGGAGGGGUCUCUGUUGCUGGUCACAGCUUAGGUUCUUUAAUAUUGUUUGACAUCCUGUCCAAUCAGAAGGAUUUGCAGCCAUCAAAGUCUCCUGGGCCUCUGGCUGUUGCUAAUGGAGUUGUGAAGCAGCCACCUUUUCAGGAAAAGCAGAUGACUGAAGAACCAAAACCAACCUUGGAUGAGUCAUGUGAUCUUGACGUUGACAAUGAAGCCGUCCAGACUUUGCAGGAGACCCUGGAAGCACUUAGCCUCUCUGAAUACGUCGGCACUUUUGAAAAGGAGAAGAUUGACAUGGAGUCUCUGCUUAUGUGUACAGUGGAUGACCUGAAGGAGAUGGGGAUACCACUCGGGCCCAGGAAGAAGAUCGCCAACUUUGUAAAACAUAAAGCAGCUAAAAUGGAGCAGAAGAAGGCAGCGCUAGAGAAGAAGGCGCAGCUGGCUGCCUCGCCCAAAGGCCAAGAGGAGAGUGCUCAGAGGGCUCAAGCUGGCGCGCCCCUCCGCUCAGAGGGUCCCGAGGCCCGGAGGAAGCUGGCACUGGGCGCUCAUGUCUCUUCCGUGCGUGUUGGGUAUGAGGCCUUUGAGGUGGGCACCGGCCAGGUUUCUGUUGUGUAUGGCUCACUGGACUUUGAGCCUGAGCUGUUCUUUGCUUUGGGCUCUCCGAUUGGCAUGUGUCUCACCAUCCGAGGAGUUGCCAGGAUAGAUGAGAACUACCGGCUCCCCACUUGUAAAGGGUUCUUCAAUAUUUAUCAUCCGCUUGAUCCAGUGGCAUAUAGGCUAGAACCUAUGAUUGUUCCAGAUUUGGACCUAAAAGCAGUUCUCAUUCCACAUCACAAAGGCAGAAAAAGACUUCAUUUAGAGUUGAAAGAAAGUCUCUCUCGCAUGGGGUCUGAUCUGAAGCAGGGUUUUAUUAGCUCUUUGAAAAGUGCUUGGCAGACACUAAAUGAGUUUGCCCGUGCUCAUACCUCUUCAACUCAGCUGCAAGAAGAACUGGAGAAGGUAGCCAAUCAAAUCAAAGAGGAAGAAGAAAAGCAAGUGGUUGAAGCAGAAAAGAUUGUUGAAAGUCCAGAUUUUUCCAAAGAUGAAGACUACUUAGGAAAAGUUGGAAUGUUGAACGGAGGCCGCCGGAUUGAUUACGUUCUUCAAGAAAAGCCAAUAGAGAGUUUUAAUGAAUAUCUUUUUGCCCUCCAGAGCCACUUAUGCUACUGGGAAUCUGAAGAUACUGCCUUGUUGUUCCUUAAGGAGAUUUACCGGACGAUGAGCGUCAGUCCCGAGCAGCCCCAGCACUGAGCCGCCUCCCGUUCUACCUGGGAGCUCGUUGUAUGUUUAGUUUUACUUUGUCUUCGCAGAAAGUCGGUGUAAUGUGCAUGGCUGAGAAAGUUCCCGGAGGAUGCUCCCAGCAUGCUGCUGCGACGGAGGCCAGGAUGCUACCACAGCAAGUGCUCAGACUCCAUUCUCAGAUGCAGGACCCAUUGCAAAGUGCGCAGGACAGUCUAUGCAGGAAGAAAAUGUGAUUAGAAAAAUGACGCCAUGAAAAAGUCUUCAGACCAGUUUAGUUGUGAAAGAUAAGUAUGAUAACAAUGAAGAAAAACUUGUAGCAUGCAGCAGUCACUUCUGUUCCUUCAAUUCUUGUGGGCUAUUAAACUUGCAUUUUUCUUUUUAUUAACAUAGUAUUUUCUUUUUAUUCAGCUGCGGGCUUGUUGAGAAUCUAGUUGAUGUACACUUGAUAGGGAGUUUGAGCGACACGCCGAGCAGCCUUCAUUUGUCCCCCGGGUGGCCUGUGGGACUGGGGGCUGCACGCUGGCUGGAAGCCUCUGCCCGCAGAGUAGGGCUGUCCUCCUGCGGGGAGGGAAGCGAGUGGGAGCUUUUCUGUUUUGUCGCCUGGGGGCUGGGACUCCUUUCCUCACUGAGGUUGCAGUUAGUGUGAGAAUCAAAGUAGAGCUUUCCCUGCUCUGUACUGAUGCCACGUAUACCAAAGUGUUGGAAAUAUGAGCUGUAUUUCUUCUAGGCUGUAAACUCCCUUCAUGAGAAGACUGCUCUGUAGUAGUUCCCUUGUUUCAGCACACGUGGAGAUUAUCUAGGUGUUUUCCUAUACUACAUGGGAAUGCUGAUUUUUUUCUUCUUUUAUAAAGUAGAAACAUUUUACAUUGUUUACAUAGUUCUCAUGGAACAUGGAAUUUUUUGAAACUGACACAAUACACAUUUUUUGUGUAUACCAAUUAGUGUGAAUAAAGUGGUGACAUCAAUGCAUUUUUUAAAGCAGAAAGUUCUGUAUUUCUCUUACCAUUCUUGAAAGUAUUUCCUGACUUUGGCAUUCAUUACCUUCCUGUGAACUGCUAGGUAGUUAAUGUAUGCUGUCAGCAUUGUGCCCAGGAAUUGAAUGAGAGCAGGGACACCACAAAGCUGCAGCUGACCCCGACGGCACGUGCGUCCCUGGACGUCCCCUGCAGCUGACCCCGACGGCACGUGCGUCCCUGGACGUCCCCUGCAGCUGACUCCGACGGCACGUAUGUCCCUGGACGUCAGUUGCUUCGCUCCCUGGCUGACACAGCACUCAAGCCUUCCCAGAAUGCUCAGCUCCCGUCUGGACAGGAGUGCUGUGGUGUCCUUGGCUCCGUCAGGACCACUGCUUUUCACGGGAUUGUCACCUAACAUCCCAAAACUGGUAGAAUUAAAAAAAUAAAUAAAAUGAGGGUUAUUUGUGUAUAUUUUAAUAAAAUCCUGUUUGAUUUUUU